CGUUUAUCUAUCUCACCGGCUCAACACUCGCUCUAGAAAUGAAGCAAGUGCAGAUUUAGAGAGGAAUCACAGCGACAAGAGACUGAAGACCGGACGCCGGUGAAGUAACAACAACAGACCAUCUCUGCCCGCAUCUGCAGCUCACCAUGAGGGAAAUCGUUCACAUCCAGGCUGGACAGUGUGGUAAUCAGAUUGGGGCGAAGUUCUGGGAGGUGAUAAGUGAUGAGCAUGGCAUCGACCCCACCGGUAGUUACCAAGGUGACAGUGACCUGCAGCUGGAGAGGAUAAAUGUCUACUACAACGAGGCAUCAGGGAGCACAGGCAGCAAAUAUGUCCCUCGUGCCAUUCUGGUGGAUCUGGAGCCAGGAACCAUGGAUUCGGUUCGCUCCGGGCCAUUUGGACAGCUAUUCAGGCCUGACAACUUUAUCUUUGGUCAAAGUGGAGCAGGAAAUAACUGGGCCAAGGGUCACUACACCGAGGGCGCUGAGCUGAUGGACUCGGUACUGGACGUGGUGAGAAAGGAGUCAGAGAACUGUGACUGCCUGCAGGGCUUUCAGCUCACCCACUCCCUGGGUGGAGGUACAGGUUCAGGUAUGGGUACGCUGCUCAUCAGUAAGAUCCGCGAGGAGUACCCUGACCGCAUCAUGAACACCUUCAGCGUCAUGCCUUCCCCAAAGGUGUCCGACACUGUGGUGGAGCCCUACAACGCCACUCUCUCCGUCCACCAGCUAGUGGAGAACACGGAUGAGACCUUCAGCAUUGACAAUGAGGCCCUGUACGAUAUUUGUUUCCGCACACUGAAGCUGACCACACCUACCUACGGAGACCUCAACCACCUGGUGUCGGCCACCAUGAGUGGGGUGACCACCUGUCUGCGUUUCCCUGGCCAACUCAACGCUGACCUCCGUAAGCUAGCUGUCAACAUGGUGCCAUUUCCUCGCUUGCAUUUCUUCAUGCCAGGUUUUGCGCCCCUCACUAGCAGGGGCAGUCAGCAGUAUCGCGCCCUCUCCGUGCCAGAGCUCACACAGCAAAUGUUCGAUGCCAAAAACAUGAUGGCAGCCUGUGACCCUCGUCACGGACGCUACCUCACAGUGGCAGCCAUCUUCCGCGGCCGUAUGUCAAUGAAAGAAGUGGAUGAGCAGAUGUUGAGUGUACAGAACAAGAACAGCAGCUACUUCGUUGAAUGGAUUCCCAACAAUGUCAAGACCGCUGUUUGCGACAUCCCACCCCGUGGUCUCAAGAUGUCCGCCACCUUCAUUGGCAACAGCACGGCCAUCCAGGAGCUGUUCAGGAGGAUCUCUGAGCAGUUCACUGCCAUGUUCCGCCGCAAGGCCUUCCUCCACUGGUACACCGGCGAGGGAAUGGAUGAGAUGGAGUUCACUGAGGCCGAGAGCAACAUGAAUGACCUGGUGUCUGAGUACCAGCAGUACCAGGAUGCGACGGCUGAUGAGAUGGGCGAGUAUGAAGAAGAUGAAAUCGAGGACGAGGAAGAGGUCCGUCAUGAUGUUCGCCACUGAUUGUAAAACACUAACAUGACAUUGAGUGAAAAAAUCCUUUAUAAAUAUGAAUUGUUGUUGGACAGCGCAGUGAGAUCAUAUAAGGUACUUGAGAGAUGCAGGUGUACAAAUACAAAUUGCAGUGUGCAGAUCACAAUAAAAUAUAGCUAUUAAGCUUAAAAAAAAUAUUGCAUAAACGUAUGGCUUAUACUGACAAAAAUCAUGAGUGGUGCUAGAAACAAAGAAAACGUGCAAGUACUAUCAUAAUAGGUUUUAGUCACGCUUUGCCAGUUUAAAAAAAAUAAGUACAGUCUUGUUCUCAAACACAGUUUUGCAACAUACUCCAACGUGCAUUCACUGUUCAAGUCUCCAAUAAAGUUCAAGUCCUGUCAA